AUGGGUUGGAGAGGAAUAUUAGGUUUCGAAUAUGGCAUAGUUCAGGCACCAUUAGGUCCUGAUAUCUCUGGUCCCCAACUUGUUGCUGCUGUUGCCAAUGCUGGUGCUCUUGGCCUUCUCAGAGCUCCUGAUUGGGAAUCCCCGGAUUACUUGAGGGAGCUCAUAAAGAAAACCAGAACAUUAACUGAUAAACCCUUUGGGGUUGGUGUGGUUCUCGCUUUUCCUCACGAGGAGAAUUUGAAGGCAAUUCUUGAUGAAAAAGUCGCAGUCUUGCAAACUUACUGGGGUGAUUGUACACCUGAAUUGGUUGCCAAGGUUCAUUCAGCUGGGGUCAAAAUUGUUCCACAAGUUGGGAGUGUCGAAAGUGCAAAACUGGCAAUUGAUGCUGGUGCCGAUGGAAUCAUCGUACAAGGACGUGAAGCUGGUGGUCAUGUUAUUGGUCAGGAUAGUUUAAUUUCAUUGGUGCCGAGGGUGGUCGAUCUUGUUGGCGACCGCGAUAUACCUGUUAUCGCAGCUGGAGCUAUUGUAGAUGCUCGUGGUUAUGUCGCUGCUCUAGCACUUGGUGCUCAAGGCGUCUGUCUAGGCACUAGGUUUCUCGCAACUGAGGAAAGCUAUGCUCAUCCUAUAUACAAAAGAAAGUUAGUUGAACUCGAUGAAACUGAGUACACAGACGUAUUUGGCAGGGCAAGAUGGCCCGAUGCACCUCAUCGUGUACUGCAGACACCCUUCUUCAAGGAGUGGAAAUCCCUUCCAUCCCAUGAAAGUGAAGCAAACCAAUCUGUCAUUGGCCAUUCAACAAUUCACGGCGUGGAGAAAGAUAUACGCCGUUUUGCCGGUACAGUCCCAAACAUGACAACUACAGGAGAUCUUGAGAGUAUGUGUAUGUAUGCUGGUGAAGGUGUUGGUCUCAUCAAGGAAAUUUUGCAUGCUAGUGAAGUGAUAAAAAGACUAGUUGAAGAGGCUCAACUUAUAAUUCAGCAAAACUUCAAGUAG